UGUGGGACAUGCACCAGGUUAAGGAAGCCCUGUGAGCCUGUUCGCCGUGGAUUCAAGUUCUGCGAGGUAGCUGGGCCAGCUGGCCCAAUAUCACGAAAAACUUCUACCCGGCUAGAUGAUCAAAUAUCGACCCCCGCAGCGAGCGAGAACCCCGAUCUGCCGAGUGUCGAUAUAGUCCGGAUGCCUAGUCUUGAUCUUGUCAAUUCCCUGCAGCAUACGGAGAGAGAUCUGUUCUACUCUACAUAUUGGGAAGACGCUUGUCUGCCGGCUUUACAUCCGAUGUUUGGAUCAAUCUCCUUUUCAGCUGGGGAACAAUCGAUGUUGAAAGACGCCAUUUUAGCUCUGUCAUCGUGCAAUAUAAGCCGCAUUAAGCCUGAUCGUCGAGGGCCAUCUAGCCUGCCAGUGGCGGCUUUCAGUCCGAAUCUUGUCCAUCAAACGAGAAGUCAGCUGUACUACUCCUCGGCCAUAAGGAAGUUUAUGUCGCUAAGCCUCUCCGACUUUCGUUCCAACGCGGCAAUAGUAUUCACCGUGCUUGUUUUAUUUGCUUAUAUCGAGUCUUCAAUGGGCAAUUUCCAGGGCUUCCAGUGCCAUGUGCAGGGGUUGACAAACUUUCUCUUGGAGUUGCGUGAGGUGAUGGGAGAGGCCAUGCUAAAAGCCCUUCUAUCAGCAUGGAUGCAGGUUCGUUUCGUUGUUUGGUGGGCUCGUGCCUAUUUCAGCUCAAUCAAUGUUUAUCGGGAUCUGCCAUCUGUACGACUGCCGGAACUGCUUGCAGAAAAUUUUAAUACGAUGCAAGAGCGGCGCGUUAUGGUCCUGAGCAUCAUGUGUGAAUCGCAUCGACUGAAUUCCAGGGAGGCCCUUAGCCAUUGGAGACCGGACAUCAGCGAGAAUGAAUCAGAAAUCCGCAGUUACCAGACCGGAGGCAGCAAAACAGCAGACACCACUUUUCUUCAGCUGGCUGAACAGGCGAACAAAUUGGACGAGUGGCUCGCGUGUCUUCCGCCAUCAGAACUACCAUUUCCCUUAUAUUCGAAGCAAAGCGACUGUUCUCAACGCGUCUUCGACAACACCGAUGAUCCCAUCUAUUUCGAGUCUCACCACGCGGCUCUCAGCUUUGCAUAUUACGUGGUCGCACGAAUAAUGCAAUGUACGCAUUUGUUGCGGGAGCUUGACGAUCCGAGCAUCUUUCACUCCGGGCCUAGACUCUCCGAAGAAGAAGCAUGGAUACGCUUUCUACUACGAGUCGCAAAGGGCACCAAUAUCAGAGAAUCCAUCUCGAAAAACAGUUAUACAAUUGGAUUCUCUGGUCUGAUGCUUGCUGCGAUACUCCGGUGUCAAAAUCGCUCUCUCGGGAUAGAGAUCCAAAACUGGCUGGAGGCAUUACAACGACUGCAGCCCACGGAGGAAGGUGCGUUCCCUGUUUACCAGACUUUGGCUGUUGUAAAAGCAGUCAACCAGCAGAAGAUGAUGGGGCGCGAGAUAUUUGGCGUUACAUUGCCGUCAGACGACGCGGGCGGGACACCGAAGUUCAAAACUGUAUCUUAAUUGACUUAUAAAAAGCAGGGUGUGAAUUAUCCGAAGGGGACAGGAUAAAAAUAUUUGGUAUGCUUAUGGA